ACAGGAUCAUAAUAUCACUGCAGAGUUCAUCCGCUGCACUGCUGCACAACACACGCGUGUACGCACUCUAUUUGUGCACCUGAUAUCAACACCUUGUGUUUAAAACACAAACUUCCAUUAUUGGAUUAUAUACAUUAUUGUAUAUUAUACAUGAUUAGAGCUCUCUAGACAUGAAAUAACACCCCUAUAGUCACCUUUACACUUAUUUAUGAAUUAAUUUUGUAAAAAGUGAAGCGUGAGCGCUUGGGUUAGGUGUUUACUGUGGUACUUUGAAGUUGUAAAAGCUCCAAAAGCUGUUGUUUUGUGAUCAAAAGUGUUUGUGUUAUUCUUUUAUGUUUUAUGUUUACGUUCCAUACAUGAGUUACAUCAUCAGUCAUUCAUGAAAGUUAAAAGAGCAUAAAGAGUGUUUGUAUUAGAAAGGUCAAACGUUAUCUGGAAAAACUGUGUGAGUAUUAAUAGUGUAAUUAGAGAUGUUGAUUUAACGUUGUUAACGAUGUUGUAUUCAUUGGAGAUUGGAGGAUGAGUCCAAUGUUCUUUGUGUCUUCUGAGGACCAAACCUAAAACAAAGUACGGAGCGUGUGGGUCGAUCGCUCAAACGUCACCUUUUUAGAAGUCAUAUGACAUCAGUCAGCUGACAUGAAACUCCCCACCUGAUUCGCUGUUGCUCCUUUGCAGCAAAGAUGAAGUGUCUCUAUUCUCCAUUAUCGUCAUUAUGGAUAAAGUAACUCAGCAGUAAGAUGCCUAUAUCUAUGAUUUAUGUUCAGUAAAGGUGCCAAGCGAAAACUGGACGAGGAUGAAGAGGUGCUGGAAGGCAAAAAGCUGGAGGCAUCGGUGGCGGGAGGAGGACUAGGCCUCGGUCACGAGGGCUUGUCCAAGGUGUCGUACACGCUCCAGAGGCAGACCAUCUUCAACAUCUCCUUAAUGAAGCUGUACAGCCAGCGGCCAUUGAGCGAGCCGAGCCUGGAGCGCCGUGUCCUCAUCAACAACAUGCUGCGACGCAUCCAGGACGAACUGAAACAGGAAGGCUCCCUGCGGCCGUUGCUUCUGCCGCCGUCGCCGCCGCCCGACGACGCGAUGGACGAGGGCUUCCGUGACGCCCCGCCCUCGUUUGGAGUUUUAUCAGCCGCAGCGACGGCGCAGGUGUCCCCGCCUUCUGCUCUGUUGAUGCCAGUGAUCCUUCCUCCGCCUUCACCUCACCCGUUGGUGCCUCCCACUUGCGAGGCCUCCCAGGCCUGCCCGGCCCCCCUGGACGCCUGCCUCACUCCGGCUUCGCUACUGGAAGAGGAUGGACCCGAUUCAUCCUUUUGCUCUUCGUCUCCGCCCACUCCUCCUCUGUCGCCUCCCCCUGCACAAAGUCAGGCGUCCACCGCCGUCUCUUUGCCCGCCUUGUCCAAUGAGUCUUUGUCCGCCAUAGUCAGCGACGUGGACUUAGGUCCCCCGACAGCCAUAACUAAAAGAGCAGCAGCCGAUUCCAUGACAGGAACUACCUCCCUCGCUCCCACAACGCUCACACAUCCCUCCCACGUAGCAGCCUCGUCCCCCGCGCCCACGCCCGCCGCUAAAGACUGCAGAACCGAAACAGCUUGUGUCUUGCUAGCGGAAGGCCGCAAUGCCGCGCUUCGACCCAUGGACACGCUGCCCACGGCGCCCCCUGCCGGCCCGGUCGACAUUUCCCCCUUUCAUUCCUCCCCUUCCACGCCAUCCGGGUUCCUCUCAGACUUGGCGCUGGAUGACGUCCUGUUCGCCGACAUUGACACGUCCAUGUACGAUUUUGAUCCCUGCGUCACGGCGGGGGCGGUCGGCGUCACGUCCGGCAGCGGCUUAACCAAACUCUCACCGGUGGUGAUGACGGAUGACCUCCUCAAAUCGCUGGCGUCGCCGUGCAGCGGCCCCGCCCCCCAGGUUUCAGCCAAUCAGCCUUUCAAAAUCGAUCUGACGGAGCUGGAUCACAUCAUGGAGGUGCUGGUGGGUUCAUGACGAGCAAAAACUGUUCCUGAAAAGAGACUGAAGUGAAUCAUUUAGAUGGAUCUGGGAUCUUUGUUGUUGUUUUUUUUUUUUUUUUGAAGUUUGUGUUUUUUUUUUUUUUUUUAAAGGUUGCUAUUGUAAAUGUUAGUUGUCAUGUUAAUUAUGACAACUGGUAAUACUACUACAACACGACACUGUGCAUGGAAAUGAAAUGAGUGGGAAACAACGAUAUCUAGAUAGAAAAAUAGAGGAGUUUACAUUUCUAUACUUGUGAGGACCUGCGCCCAAUUCAUUCCCUAAUAUGAACCUUAUCCACUUUAUAAGGUUUAACAGCGACUUAAGCCAUAACCCUCAGUGUGGGACUGGGGGCUUUUUUUUAAUCAUUCAGUCCAUGGCGGGUCCUCCAAAGUAUAGAAAUACUUUGGAUUGAUACAAACACACACUAAACGUGUCUUUCAGCAGAUUUCAGUGCCUUUCAUAAGAAAAAAAUGACCACUUAUUCGAUUCCUGCUUGUCUUGUAUUUUUCUCUUCCUAAUGUCGUUUUAAUUUAUUCAUUUGUAUUUUAUGUUUUAUGCGGGGAAAUUCCUCAUGAUCUGAUCAAAUGAUAAUUUAAUUGUCUUUUAUUACACAUGCUGUUUUAUGUUUUCUAAAUGGGUCUAAGGAUUUCUACAAGGGUUUUUCUGCCAGUGCGCUCGCUACGUCUUACCUUGAUGAUGUAGUCAUACUUUGGUAAUAUUUCUGAUACUCAAAAGAAUGUACAGUGGACCCCCGCAGAAUUUAUUGGUAGAAAUUUUUUUUUAAAUUAUUUUAUAUGUCAGGACUCAAAUUUACACCCGUAUUUAUACAUCACAAACCAACGGGAGCUUGUCAACCCUAAAUACCUACCUCACUCACGGUGCAACCAAAACUAACAGUAUGCGGAACACACUAACGUACUGUAAAUGUGCCACACGGACUAUGCGGGUAUUGAGACAGACGCCUACACACUAAUAUACAUGCAAAACUAUAUGACUGGUUUAUAACCUGCAAGGCAUGCCGGGAGGCCAACCCAGCAUGCCUUGUGAGGGAGGUGAUUGGUUUGACGAACUCCUGUGGGUUUGUGUCCGAGUGAAAUUUUCAUGAACUUGUCAAAUAGCGGGGAUCUACUGUACUGACGAUCUCACUUCCGGUGCGGGCUUUGGCUUUAUGAACUUGCUAGUGGAUGCCGGUUUAUACGGGCUCAGAUAUCAUGCCCGGCUUUUGGGCAGACCGGCUACAUUGUUGUGUUUACAUUGGAAAUGAUUGCAGCAUUUGGUGUCCCAGUGAGGUGGAAAAGAGCUGAAAAGUCCACCCGAAACAGACUGUAAACAAAUCAGCCAUCGCAGACUGCAGGCAUUGUGUCAGUGUGGGUCUAAUUGCGGCUUACUUGGCGAUAUCCCUAAAAUCGUGUGAAGGCUAACAAAUGUGUGUUUAGCAACUUGAGUGACAGCACAGCAUAUAGUAUUAUCAACUCAAUUUGCACAAGCCGAAGCUCAUAUUCACUCAAACUCAGGGUUUUGCUCCCUCCGCUACAUGGUGCAGCACAGGUUUGAGUUUCAACCCAAAUUCGCAAUCUGUCUAGAUCCAUUUGAGGUUGCAAACCCAAAACUGAUAACCCUGACGAAAACCGGGCUUACUCACAAUCACAGUUUGCCUCUACUUUACUCAGAUGUAAUCUAAAUGUCACAGAUUAAGCCAUCAUUAGCACGGAUUUGAUCCUGGUACCGUAUUUCCUUAAAAAGUGGCCUCAAGAACACCAUUGAUGAACCAUUUCUUGGCACGGUCGUCCUUUGCUUAUUUCAGUCUAUUGGUUCCAGACCCAUAAGUUCAUUCAAUAUUAAUAAUUUGACUAUUUUCACAACUGGUUUACAAUCUUCUAAAUACAGUUUUUAACAUUAUUAGAGCCCGGAUGACAUGAAAUAACACCCCUAUAGUCAACUUUGUGUUUGUAUUACCCAAUGUAGUAAACAUCCAUCCAUUAGUUUUCUAUACCGCUUAUCCUCACUUGAGUCUGGGGCAUGCUGGAGCCUAUCCCAGUUGUCUUCUUUUGGGUGAGAGGCGGGGUAGACACCCUGGACUGGUGGUUAGCCAAUCACAGGGCACAAAUUGACAAACAACCAUUCACACUCACAAUUUGGAGUCGCUAAUGAAAAUAGUACUAGUACAAGUACAAGUACUUGCGGCAUUACAAUACAUUUAAUGUAUUUUAAUGUCAUAUAAUGGCAGCUUUAAAUGGCUUUACAUUGGUAUUACCCAAUAUGGUAGACAAAAUAAGCAAUUCAAUUCACGUAAAUAAAACUCCUGUCUCAGUAAUACAGUACUACACUCACAAUUACAAUGGUUCUCCUGCUUUGUAUUUAUAUUUUAGUCCAUUUAGUUAGUUUGUUUAGCUGUUUUUAUGCUUAAUUUAGGCCAAGUUUAGUACAAAAUAUUUUUUUGUACUACUACGACUUCCACCACCGAGCCUACCCAUUAGUGGGUAAACAAUCAAACGCUUCAUUUAUCCCUGUGGUUACUUUUCUGACCUAAUGUAGGCUUAUUUUAAUGGAAAAUGACAAAAUAUGAAUAUGUCAACCUAAAAAACUUUAUUGUGGACCGUUCUCGUCUUUGUAAAGGACGAUUCACUUGACCGGAAAUAUCCCUGCCGCCACACAGUAUGGAAAUACGGUAGUCGCAAGGUGUUGUGUUCAGGAUCCUUCGUUAUACUAGGAAUGGCUCAAUCCCAGCAUCCAUUUGUGGUUCUGGUUGUGAAGGAAGUAUCCGACUCUCCAUGCCUCGCUUGUUGCCAACUCGCUGCCGUGCUUUGUGUUCUUUGGUUUCAGUUCCGAUGGUUACAAGCGGUGACGUAUACAUAAAACAUAGUCAUCGUUUGCUUGAGUAUUGUUAUAAAAACUAUUUUAUUCUGGUUAUUAUGAUUGCGGAUUGUGGCGGCUGACUUUUUAACCAAUGUUUAUUUAAAUCAAGCGACAUACAGUAUGAAAAGACGUCCUGCUAUUGGGUUGAAGUGGCUGCCGGGAGAACGCUAGCCAAAAGAAAAACCGGUUCCAGUGACUCUCCCAGUCUGUCAGUAUGUAAGCACCACUGCUUUCACUACCUUUUGAAAUGUUUUUCCUCUGUCAAUGAAGUUAUUUAUUCAUAUGGCUUUUUUUCCCCCGCUCUGUGUAAAUAUAUUUAUUUUUGAUGUGAACAUUUGGAUUGUAAAUAUGUGUACAGAAUGUGUAGCCGGAAUGUACUCUGCUCCAGAUGGGAAUGUAUCCGAGUGUGGGAUUCGUGUGGAGUUUGACAUACAAGGGGUCCUGAUUGGUUCCUUUUUUUUUUUAUUCGCGACCUUUUGUACGUCUUUUUGUUCAUCACUUUCCAACUCUUCAUGCAGCAAUACGCAAAAAGCAACUGUCAGCUAUAUCAAUAUUCCAAAGCCUGUCAUUGAUGCCUCAAUGCCAAAACUUGUGUACAUAGUAUGAAUGACAAACGAGGAUCGGUUUUUUCGUACCGGAUCUGUUUUAGCGCUGUCCGAGCAUGUGGCAGGGUUCUACUCCUUGGGAUAGACUGACCGCAGUCAAGGCCGGGUUCCUCCAAAGGCUGGAUUUUUCACAGACCUUAGAGUUGUGCCUUGUUCUAUGCAACAGAACGCAAAGUCUCUUUCUCUCUCCCUCUCUCUCUCGCCCUCUGUAAGGGAGACAAUAUAUAUAUAUAUAAUGAGAUAAACUGACUGCUGACUAUGAAUUUGAAAGUCUUACUUUUGUAGUUUUAUAUAUAUACAUAUAUAUAAAUAUAUAUAAACGAAUUAUAUAUACACAAUAAAUGGUUAAAAAAUAAAAUGACUUGUUCUUUUAUGGUAGAAAGAGUGAACAUAGCAUUCUUCUUAUUUGCUAUAUUGUAGUACUGUAUUCUAAUUAGGGAUCUAGCGAUAUUAGCCUAAUGUUGCCGUGCUAUACACACAGUAACAAGCUAGCUAGCUGAGUUAGCAUGUCCGCCCAGUGGAAUUAUGUCCAAGGUCCGCCUUCAGAUUGUAAAUAUAUGUAACCGAGGGUUUAUUAAAAGUCCGUCGACGCUGUGACAACUCAACACGACUAAAUUACGGCAGCCAUGAAGCUCUGAAGACACUUUUUUUUAUCAUCACGGAAGUAGCAUACUACGAGCAUCGUCUGGCACAACACAAGACAAAACAGCGCAUUUCCGGCCUUCACAAUAAAAUCAUUAAGGAAGACUGCAUCUAACAAAAUAAAGGCUCACAGUAAAAGAAGCACCAUGUGUUAAUUUAUGACACCAGUUGUCACCUGACAUUACUUUGAGGGUAAUGAUGUUGUUCGUGAGAUCAGAUGUCAGGAAAAAGCCAAUACCUUAACUCACAUGACGCUAGCCAAAUGGCAACUUCACUCAUGGUGCAACUAAAAAUAGUACAAGUGGAAACACACAAUGGAACCACACCACGUGGACUAUGCGGGUAUUGAAAUAGACAAUGACACCAAUAUAAAAAUAGUAGCCUGUAUUCUGUUUGAUUACAAUCUUUUU